CAGUAACCAAUCGCGUCAUUCGCGUCAUAGGGUAUAUAACAGAAACCCCUCCCAAAAAACCUCAUUCCUGGAUUUGUCCUGAGGUCUGAUGAUUCAUCGAAGAUCGGACGUCGAGGACUUUCAACUGCGUGUAUGAAGACAAACGCUUAACAAAACCAUUUUUUUUAUUAUUCAAGUAAUGGACAUUUGAUUUUUUGCCUCCAUUUUGUUCCAGAAGGAAACGCUAGCCUCUAGCUUUCACAAACCCGCCCACAAACAAGCUAAAGCAGUUUCAACUAUAAAAGUGCUUGUUAUACGAAACAUGACAGUUUACUCUAUUAAACUGUUGUAACGAGAUCUGUCGCUGUAAAGCACACUAUACCCGAGACGCAGAGGAGAGGUAUUGUAUCAUGGCGCUCGGCCCAGUGGACCCGCGGGAGGUGCUGAAAGGGGUGGAGAACCUCCUGGGCAAAGACGGAGAACUACGCAGCCUGGAGGGCGUGGCCAGAGUCUUCAGUCUAAUGAAGGCGUCUCACAAGAUGGUCAGCAGGUGUAUGUACCUGAACAUCCUACUUCACACUAAGUCACAUGACAUCCUCAACAGGUUUAUCAGAGUCGGGGGGUACAAGCUCCUGAAUGCCUGGCUCACAUACUGCAAAGCUACCACUAAUACCCCCCUGCUGCAGCUCAUCCUGCUCAUCCUGCAGAAACUGCCCCUCACUGUGGACCACCUCAAACAGAACAACACAGCCAAGCUGGUGAAACAACUCAGCAAGAGCGGAGAGACUGAGGAGCUGAGGAAGCUGGCCUCGGUGUUGGUGGAAGGGUGGAUGGCCAUCAUUCGCUCCCAGAGCGUCGCUGCCUCCAGCGGGACGACCCCUGCAGAAAGGAAGAAGAAGAAGGAGGAGGGGAAGUCUCGAGCGGCGGAGGUGAAGCCCGCGGACGUGCCCAAAAUGGCCGAGCAGCUGGAGAAGAGGAAGGAGAAGCCCAAAGCUCAUGCACCAAGCCAUGCCAAGAUCCGCUCCACAGGGUUAGAGGUAGAGACCCCCACCCCCGUUCUGGCCAAGAAGCCUCCGGUCACUCCGCAGCUUGGGGACAAAUACAACAUCAAACCAGCUGUUCUGAAGCGGCCCAGCACAACCCUGUCGGACGCCCCUCCCGUGGAGAAGAAGUACAAGCCGCUGAACACCACGCCCAACUCCACCAAGGAGAUCAAAGUGAAGAUCAUCCCAGCGCAACCGAUGGAGUGCACUGGCUUCCUGGAUGCUCUUAACUCCGCCCCCGUCCCCGGGAUCAAGAUCAAGAAAAAGAAGAAGCCGUCCUCUCCCACAUCUAACAAAUCCUGUCCGUUUGAGGCGAAGCCCCCCCUGUACCCCGGCUCUCAGGCCAAGCCCUCAUCUCCUGAAGGCUCUGCCUCCCAAACUCCACCCCAUGAGGUUGCAGACCUGGAGCAGCCUGGGACCCCCGUGCCUAGCGAGGAAACAGAGGCCAUGGACACCGGUGAGAAGCCCAACGCGCUGGCUGAGCCCAGCGCAGAGGAGGAGAGUCUGACUAAGAAAGGGAAGAGGAAGAAGAGUGUGCACUGGGCAGAGGAAGAGCAGCUCAAGGAGUACUUCUACUUCCACCUGGACGAGACCGAGAGAGUGAAUGUGAAUAAGAUUAAGGACUUUGGGGAGGCCGCUCGUCGGGAGCUGAUGAUGGACAGGCAUACGUUUGAGAUGGCCCGGCGGCUGUCCCAUGAUGCCAUGGAGGAGCGUGUCCCCUGGACGCCCCCGCGGCCCCUCACUCUGUUCAGCUCUUCCCUGGUGCCCCCCGGGGCCAACAGCACUGAGAGGAGCACACAGAGGGACCGGGAGAUGGGCAUCCUGCAAGAGAUCUUCCUCAGCAAAGAGAGCGUCCCAGACUGCCCUCAGGAGCCUGACCCUGAACCAUACGAACCCACCCCCCCACGGCUCAUCCCAUUGGACGAGGACUCCUCCUUAGCGGAUGAGGGCUACCUGGAGCCCAUGGAUACCUUGGCCCCCCUUGUGACCCCCGCCGGCCCCCCCGAGACUGCCAAGCUGCCCCCCGUACUGGCCAACCUGAUGGGCAGUCUGGGCAACAGCAACCGCAGCCCUCAAACCCCGCCCCCAAACCCCGGCCCACCCGGCAACAGCGCCCCCUCUGUCAAUGUGCAGGAACUGCUCACCUCCAUCAUGGGCACUCAGGGCGCUCAGUCUGCAGAGGACCUCAUAAAGCAGCCUGACUUCAACAAAAUCAAACAGCUGCUGGGAACCCUGCAGCAGAACCCCACCCAGGCCCCGCCCCAUGGGCCCCCGCCAGGGUUGCUUGGCCAUGCCCCCGGGAUCAAUGCCAACAUUAACAUGCCGAUGAACGGCAGCUACCCCCCCAACAAGCCGCCCCACGGCCCCCAGUACACCCACCCCCACCCGCCUCCACCCCACAACCAUGCCCCACCCUACCCCACGGGGGGCGGGCCCAGGAUGAUGGCCCCGCCUAGGGGCGGAGAUGGCGGCGGCUACUGGACAGAGGAGCCAAUGAGAGGAGGCGGACACCACAGAGGGGGCGGGCACUUCCACCGAGGCCGCGGGGGCCGCGGGGGUGACCCUGGGUACAGGGGUCGCGGCGGGAGAGGGGGGCCCAGAGGAGGCGGCGGGGGCCCCAAUAACUCGCACAUGGGAGACAUGUCCAAUCGUCCCAUGUGUCGGCACUUCAUGGUGAAGGGAAACUGUCGCUAUGAAAACAACUGCGCCUUCUACCACCCUGGAGUCAAUGGUCCACCCCUGCCCUGACCCCACCCCACCACUAGGGGGCAGAGUGCCCUGCUUGCCACUACAGCCCAGGGGACCAGAGAGGCCCGGGGUCACCCACUGGGGGGGCGGGGUCGGGGGGCAGCACUGACCGACUGAACCCUGCAGCUCCGCCUCUUCCUCUUAACUCCUUCUGCUCUGAAUGUUUGGGGACUUUGCUGGAAGAAAGAAAACAAGGAGAGACUUAAAUGAACUAAGAUUGUCGAACAAAAUGAUAUUCUUCACCAGAGCCACUGUUCUUUUGUUUUUUUUUUACCCAUUUUUUUCCUACUCCUCUCUCUCUCUCGCUCACACUCUCUCUCUGUGUUGGGUUGAUAUUUGGACCACGUUUGCUCUGGAGUUGUCAGGGAGGAGGUGCCGAUCUGUCUGUAUGUAUAUAUUUUAUACCUGGUGUGAUUGGACACCAGCGACCUUUGAACCACUAGCACGGAAUCGGACCUCUUCGUUCGAGUGAUGGUGUGACCUCACCACCAAUCACAUGGCCCGGAACUGCUGCCUGAUGUCAUUAGAAGCUCUGCUCUCAUUGGCCGGCCCUGGACCCAGCACCCUGCAGACAGGUGCGCUGUGAGUGGUCAGGACGUGUGCGGUUCCUGCUGCUCCACACUGUCACGCGCCCGUCUGAACCAGUCUGAACCAGUCUGAACCAGCCUGAACCAGCCUGCUGGACCGGCCUGCUGCUGCUGUUCCUCUUCUAGUCUGAGCGCUGUGCUCUGAGCACUGAGAAUAUUACCCAUGAUCCUCCGGGGUGGCCUGGGCACCUUUAACCUGCUCUUCCUGUCCCGGACUCGACGUGGGCGUGUGAAAGGACCUGCGGCCCUGGAUUGGCCGGAUUGCGUUAAAACUCCCGUCAGUCGAAACUGCUAAUUGAGUUGGGAUUUUGCGAAAACCACUUCGCUUUUAGGUUUUUCUUUUUCUUUUUUCUUUUUUUUUACAGUACGACAUUUUGGUGCUCAGGUGUUUGAUAUAGAACAAAAUUAAGAGAAAUGUCUGUUUUCUGUAAGGCUACAAGGGCAUCUAAGUCGUAAACUCAUAAUUUCCCGAUUAUUUUUAACUGUGCCGAAGUGAAGCUUUGCCUGAUUUUUUCUAAGCACUCUGGUGGAAAACAAAAGUGGAGUUGGGCACAUCCAGCCCAAUCCCUUGGCUUUAAAGGUGGCAGUUGGCUUGGAUUUGGGACCCCUGGGUCCUGCGCUGUCUUGUACGAACGCCCAGCACAGCAGAGACAUCUCCGAGGCCUAAGCCAAUUGCAAAAUAACCGCCGAAGAUCCACUGGCACCGUUGAAUGCUGGGUAAUUUGCACUGAACUGGUCUCACUGGCCGUUCCUGUUUUCAGGAGUGAUGAUUGACGACAUGUCAGUCCCUGACGUGUUUGAACCGACUGAAAGACUGUACCCUCCUCUGAUUGGUUCAGAUCGAUGAGUCAGCGCUAAUGUGUGUCGGCUGCGCCUCUCCUGGUCCUCACCCGAUUUCGGCGCUGGUUCCUGGUCCCGCCCGCCCCCGAGUGUAUUCCCCCCCCACCCGCAGUCCGAAGGUUGGGCCUAGCCUUCUUUGUCAGUGUUAAAGCCUGGUUUGGUCCCCCUCGAGACUCUGGGAAGGUAAAUCUAGCGUUUUCUGUGAAAACAUGGCCGUCAUGUCUCUUGUGGGACUGCAGUUGUCUUUUGGCUGUGAUUUUUUUUUUGUGUUUAUUUUUUGCAUUUUUUUUAUUAAUAUGACUAUUUUGGUAUAAUUCUGACAGUUAUAUACAUUUUGGUUCUCCCAGAUUAUGAUCAGAUUGUAUUGAAGAGGUUUGUACACCCGUGUGUCUGUAUAUAAAAGGAUAUACACACGUUUGUAUGAAUAUUAACAGAUUUAGAUAUUUUGUACAUGUAUUAAUAAAUGUUGACAAAACAUU